GUGGGGACGAAGUGAAAUCUCAAUCAAGAAGUUGUCAACAUCAGCAAAUCAUUUUGUGUUUGUUGUUACGGCUUCUAGUUGAUCCACUACUUAUUUAUAAAUAUCAAAAUGGCUGAUCCAAUCCGUGUAGUUGUCACCGGUGCAGCCGGUCAAAUUGCUUACUCUCUGCUCUACCAAAUCGCAAAGGGUGAUGUAUUUGGAAAGGACCAAUCACUCAUUUUACAUUUAUUGGAUAUACCACCAAUGAUGGGAGUCCUAGAUGGCGUAGUAAUGGAACUUUCUGACUGUGCCUUACCUCUACUUCACUCUGUUGUUCCCACAGCAGACCCUGCUGUUGCCUUCAAAGAUGUAUCAGCAGCUUUCUUAGUAGGAGCUAUGCCCCGCAAAGAAGGAAUGGAAAGGAAAGACUUACUGUCUGCUAAUGUUAAGAUUUUCAAAGUCCAAGGAGAAGCCUUAGACAAAUAUGCUAAGAAAGAUGUCAAGGUUUUAGUAGUAGGCAAUCCAGCUAAUACUAAUGCUUUGAUUUGUUCAAAAUAUGCCCCGUCUAUUCCUCCUUCAAACUUUACUGCAAUGACUCGUUUGGACCAAAACAGAGCUAAGGCACAACUUGCUGCUAAAAUUGGCACAGGAGUCGCUAAUGUAAAGAAUGUUGUGAUUUGGGGAAACCAUUCUUCCACCCAAUAUCCUGAUGCAAGAAACGCUGUUGUAUGCUUGAAUGGUAGCAAGGUUCCCAUUCCUGAAGCUGUUAAAGAUGAUGUUUAUUUGCAAACACAAUUUGUACAAACUGUUCAAAAGAGAGGAGCUGCUGUAAUUUCAGCACGAAAAAUGUCCUCUGCCAUGUCUGCUGCAAAGGCAGCAGGAGAUCACAUGCACGAUUUGUGGCAUGGUACACUACCAGGAGAAUUUGUUUCAAUGGGAGUUUUAUCUGAUGGUAGCUAUAAUGUACCAAGAGACAUUAUUUUCUCCUUCCCUGUUACUAUUGAAAACAAACAAUGGAAAAUUGUACAAGGUUUACCUAUUGAUGAAUUUUCAAAAUCAAUGCUUAAUACUACUGCCAAGGAGUUACUAGAGGAAAAGCAAGAAGCUCUUGCAGUUUGUAGUCUUUAAAUAUCAGAUACAAAUAAAUACAAAUAUAUUUAUGGGUAU